AAGAAAAAGGAGUUGAUUACUGGAAAGUUAGAGAGGGUGUUCAUAAAAGACAGAUUGUCUUAGCGAGGGAAAUAGAGCAAAAGAAAGAGGAUAUCAGAAAAUUACUGUUGGAUUUUAGGAUCAUAGAAUAAUAAUUCUUGGGCCGAUUCAACAGGAGUCAUGUUGAUGUGUGGACAUCCUCUCAUCCUUCUUCUUCUCCUCUUCAUCAUCAUCAAUUUGCUCAACCUCUCCUUCGUGAUGACAUCAUCACCAUCUCAGAAUGACACUCGAGCCCGUGUCCAACUCCCUGGAGACACUGAGGAUUACAACGAAUCUGAGGACAUCACCACUCAGCCAUCCAGCUCAUCCACCACACAGUCCAAAGGCCCCAAACUCCAGUGCUUCUAUGACAUGUGUGUGGAGCAGCAGGAACCCUGCUUGAAGCUUUCAUUUACCACUGGGUGCCUUUGCCCAGGGUUGAGUGGAAGUAAUAUCCCCCCAAGUGCACCUUACAAUUUGAAGUUUUCUCAAGAGGACAGCAAAGGGGUUGUGGUACACUGGUGUGCUCCAACCUCUGUGGUUACCCAUUAUGUUAUCUGGGUGCAAGGCAAAGACAAACAGAUGGAAAGGAACAUAGAGGUGGAGGAGCAGAAAAGGACAGCAGUACUGGGGAAUGUGGCAGCUGGUGUGCAUGUGUGUGUAGAGGCCGUAAAUACAGCUGGCAGAAGCGGAAAGGAGAGCCAAUCGUGUGACACGUUUGAGCCCCAUCAUCCAGACUCUGGACUAGCGCUGAAGCUGGGGAUCAUAGGGGGAGUGGUGGGACUUAUAAUGGUGCUGGUACUGGUUCUAUUGCUGCUGAGACACAAAACAUGGCAGAAAACUACAGCACGGACAGAGGCAGAGAGAAGAGCAGAUGAGGUUCUCUAAAAGAGAGAAGAGAGAGUACAGUGCAUGUGGAAUUAAACAUGUGGGGCCAAAAAUAUGCACUUUAUCUGUCUGUGUGUGUGUGUGUGUGUGUGUGUGUGUGUGUGUGUGUGUGUGUGUGUGUGUGUGUGUGUGUGCGUGAAGGUGAACUGGCUGUUUAUUUUUUAUUCCCCAUUCCUCAGCCAUACAAUUGCUAUAUUUAGAUUUAGUUCUGGAUUGUUGAUCUCCAAGUUAUGUACUUCCUUUCUUUAGUUCACUUUGGUGAUAAAGUUUUUGCUUUGAACAUCAGUGUAAAUGCAAAAUAAAAUAUGGAUUUUUUGUA